CACCACCGCAGCUCUUCCUCCUUUACCUUUCACUUUCUGCAGUGUCAUUCAACCGCGGAUCCAACGCUCUAACACGCACAACACUUCUAUCACUACGCUACUAAAAGGAUCCUGAAUAGAACCGUUGUAAUGGGAGUGACAGAAAAAUCACGAUUGAAGGAUGCUCUCGAAUACUUGCGGGAAGCUGAGAAGAACACCGAGAAGGGUUGGUUCAGGAACCCUGACUGGGAUAUCGCUGCCCAAUAUUUUGAGAAAGCGGGUCAGGCAUUCAAGGCUGGAAAGUCGUAUGAGCAAGCAAUCCAAGCUCUUAUCAAGGCCUCUGACGCCAUGGUUUCUUCUACAAGUCUGUUCAUGGCAGGACGUGCAAUGGAGGAUGCAGGCGGUAUUGCGAUCCAGAAUCUCGGUCAGCCAGAACGAGCUGCCGAUAUGUAUAAGCGUGCCAGCGACUUGUUCUUGCAGAGCAUGACGCCAGAUCGAGCUGCGGAGUUGCUAGAAAAGAGUGCCAAAGCGAUGGAGCCGAUCUCUGUUGACUCUGCGAUCGAAUCUUACAUUGGAGCCUGCGACAUUUACGAGAAUGAAGAUCGAGCUCGAUAUGCAGCCGACACCUUCAAAAGAACCAUUUCUUUGCUGGUCAAGCAUAAGCGCUUCGCGAAGGCGAUAGAGGUGCUGCAGAGACUGGGCAAUGUUCAUAAGGGUGCUUCCAACAAUACAGCAUACUACAAGACCCUUCUAAGCAUCAUUAUUGUGGAAUUGGCUGCAGGCGACGAGGUCAAUGCCGGAGCGCGCUUUCAGGAAUACUGCUCGUAAGUAUUGCCUUGACGUGACAAAUCCCUUUGUAGACCAUGGGAUGCCAAUCUCAUUAUCCAAAUACCUUGGUAUCGCUCUGACAUAGCGUGGAAGGUUUUGUCCAGUCUGAAGAAUCUGCCG